ACUCGAGCAGGCAGUAUGGUUGCACCCUAGAGCCGCGUUCAGUUGGUGUGUGAUGUGAAAAAUCCUAAAACUUUCUCGAUCUUACCAUAACUUACGGUUUUACACCAAGAUUUCAACCCUCAAUACCUGAUAAAAGUACUAAACAACCUUGUAUCAACCCUAAAUACAUAUAAUAAUAGGUAUAAACCUAUCUAACAGUGUAGAAAGAUCGUUCUCCGGUAAUUUCCACAAACACUUUUCGAUGUAGAGUGAAAAGUUUGCUGAAUUUCCGACCGCGCGAACCUAAAAACCUUGUGAAGUUCUAGUUUUGUUAUGGUUUCAUACUAUUCGAUUGGAACCAUGUACCAUCAUGGACAGCAACCAACCAGUACUUGGUAUCCUCCUUCCUACAGACAUCAACCACAGCAGCAAUUCCUGUCAUGCAUGCAUGACAUCGGAGCCGAACAAGCGCCACAAUGGAUGGGCACGAGCCACGCACAUACCCACACACACCACCACCCCCCGCCCCACAUGCCUGCGCCCCACAUGUUCCCGCAGGAGUGGACCCCCCCGCCGGGUGCCGGGGGGUGUCAGGAACCUCCCUCAAUAAUGGACCCUCACCACCAACACCACCAUCAUCUGCUGCCUUCGCCCCCGAUCACAGAGAUGAGCAGUCCGGGCCCCCCUGCCUCGGGGCUCACCCCCCCAGCCACCCUAAACCCGCAGAGGGGCUCCGCCACCCCCCCGCAAGGUCGCAGCCCCUUCGACUGGAUGAAGAAGAGCACCAGUGUCUAUCACACACAGCCUACACCUGGUAAAACGAGAACUAAAGACAAAUACAGAGUGGUCUACACGGAUCAUCAACGAUUGGAGCUCGAGAAGGAGUUCCACUACAGUCGCUACAUCACAAUUAGGAGAAAAGCUGAGUUGGCCAUCUCAUUAGGAUUAUCAGAAAGACAAGUGAAGAUAUGGUUCCAAAACCGGAGAGCAAAAGAACGGAAGCAGAUGAAGAAACGAGAAGAACUAAUUCACAAGGAGAAAAUCCAACAAUUGUCUCUACUAUGAAGCGCAAUCACCACUUUCAAGCUCUAGAUAACUCACAAAAAUUAAGAGACUAGUUUUUGAGUUCAUCUGAAAAAUGUGUUCCGACUUUCUAUUAUGGACAGUGAGGCUAAUCCCGAUAAUAAUAAUAUCGAGUGACCUGGAGUGACGAGGUCUGGUGUCAGAGUUUUCAAGUCGCACCUGAUCAAUUUCAAGGCCUCUGACAUGACCCGAUGAAAGUGCACAAGUCAAUAUGCAGGGAAGUGAACUGGGAACAAACAUUUAUAAAAAUUGUCAGUGGAAAGUGAUUUAAUUGAAUAGACUUAGAACGUUGU